AUGGCAACUAAAAUUCCCACAGAAAUAUUAAUUAAAAUUUUAAAUAAUGUUCAAUCAUCUCAUUCAACUCAAGAUUUAUAUUCGUCAUUAUUAGUUAAUCGAAUCUGGUGUAAAAUUACUAUACCUAUACUUUGGGAAUUAACUUUGGGUCAGGAAUGUUGUAUGGAUGAUGAGGAGUUGAGUAAGAAAGCAUUAUGUAUUCGAACUUAUAUAUCAUGUAUGGAUACUCGAGCUAAAACUUUACUUACUCAAAAUGGAUUUGAUUUAUCAUCAUCAUUACCUCAAGCAACUUUUGAUUAUCCAUCAUUCACUCAUAAAAUUAUAAUUGAUAAUUUAGUUUAUUUCGUAUCCAUAUAUUCACAACAAAUUAUUGGUUCAGAUCAAGAUAAUUACAUCAUUACCAAAUCCCGUAUAUUAUUUCGUGAGAUAUGUAAAUUAAUAAUAAAUCGUUGUAAAUUUUUGGAUUCUUUUAAAAUGGCAGGAGUUCCCAAAUUUUCUUAUAAUGUUUUAAAUCAUAGUGACUUAAUUGGUUCAAUACUCAAGUUACCUAGUGCUCCGAAAGUAUUUAAGAAAUUAGAAAGCUUUACCUCGAUGAUAGAAGAUCAUGAAUCGAUUUAUCCAUUGUAUAAAUCAUUAGCAUUAAUUUGUGAUAAUAUUUUAAAUAUUGAUUUGAAAUUUAAUACACCCUAUCAAAUACGAUUAUUAGCAAGACUUAUUAGUGUUCAAAAACGGUUAGAAAAUCUAUCAGUUGUUACUUUUAGUAAUCAAGAUUAUGAUUCAUUAUUAUGGGCUAUCAUUAGUCAAAAAGAAACAUUAAAGAUUCUUCGUUUAAAAUUAGUAAGUUAUUGUCAGUUUGAGCAGAAAUCAUCACCAAUUGGACAAUUCACUUCACUUCAAGAGCUUUAUAUUGAAGGUAGUCAUAGUUUUCAUGAUUCGGAUUGUUUAUAUUUGACUUCAUCAUUUACUAAAUUAAGCAGUUUUCAUUAUUUUCGUUCAGUUUAUCCAUAUACUAGGUAUCCUCAAGAAUUUAUUAUAAAGAUUCUUGAAACGGCCAAUAACAAUUUAAAAAAUAUUUAUCUUGAUAUAUAUCCCACGAUUACAUCUGAUAUAUUUUCAACAAUUUUAAAUUAUUGUAUAAAGAUUACUAAAUUAACUUUACGUAAUUUAAGUCAUGAACAAGUGAUAGCAAUAUUUAAUAAUAAUUUUAAUGAAUUAAGAAGAUUUUCAUUUGAUUGCGGAGGAGAAAAAGAAUUUGAUGCUAAUAAAUUAUUGUGCAAAAUGGCUGAAAAUAUACCAGAAUCACUUGAAACUAUUGAAAUUAGAAUGAUUUAUGGCGCGCCAUGGAUAUUUAGUGCUGAUAGUUUAAGAAAACUUUUUGAAGGAUGGUGUUGUAAAGGAGGAAGAAAUAAAAAGGUGAUUAUUAAACGUACAGAACAAACGCCUCUAUUUAUAUUAAGUGAUGAACAUUCUAAAGUUAUUGAAGAAUAUGGAGUUCAAUUUGAUUUCAAAUUAUAUUAA